AUGGCCGACGUCCGAUCCCUACUCCGCAGUGAAUUAGCUUCCCGCAAGGGCACAUCUCAGCCAAAUACGACAGGAAACCGGGUCACCAAAAAGCGCAAGGUUGAUAGUGGAGAUGGAGUAAUGCGAAAGAAGCUUCGCGCUGCGGAACAAGAUACAUUCCAGUCUGCCUCUGGCGCAGCAAGCAUUGAGCACACUACAGAGGAUGAAGGUUCGGAGCAAGUUGAGGAUGAUGUCGCUGGCCCAGAACCUCCACUCGACAACGAACAAGAGGUUGUUGAGUCAGCUGCAGACCUUGCAGAAGAACCAACUACGCGCCCCCGCGAAGAUCCAUCCACGCCUAUUGACGAAGAGGCAUGGGCAGCAUUUGAACGCGAGGUCGCCGCCCAGUCCGAUGAGCCCCAUGUACCAGCCGCUCUUACAGCUGAGGCCACAAUAUCCGCAGCGCCAGUGACGGCUGCAGAACUCGCUGCACAACAAGAGAGAUCGAAGACGUCGACAGCCCGCACUCGUGAGGCAGAGAUGGAAGGGGAGCGAGAGGAUGCCGCACGGCUUUUAGAGGAAGAGUUUGAUGAGAUGGAUCAGCUGGAAGAGCGGGUGCGAAGGCUCAAACACAAACGCGAGGAGCUGCGGAAAUCCCGCGCCGAAGACAAGACACAAGAUGAGCCGAUAGGAUCUGGCGCAGUGGAGCAGGUUGAGAGCGAGAGUGAAGACGAUGACGACGAGGAUUGGGAUGAUUGGAGAUUUAAAUGA